UGUGGCAAAUUCAUUUAGAACCAAUCCGAGAGUUGAGUUGAUGAAACGGGUUCAGCAACUAGUCGGGCGUAGGUUCACCUCUACUGAAAGCAACGUCAACUUGCUCUGGCCCCUGCUAUUUUAUUUGCUCGACAUCACAUACACACACACGGCAUCGAGCGUCACGAUGGCACCGACCCGAGUUCUUCAGUUGAUGGUCUCGACCAUCUUCACCGCGCUAUUCGCAUCGGUGUUGUCUCCCCGCUCAGCAGUUACGGCAAGCAUCUACCAAACCAGCGAUGCCAUCGUCAUCGAAGCCGGAGACGUUGGGGACGACCAGAGCACGUACCAAAAUGUUCUGCUGAGCAACAGCUUCAUGAAGGAAAAGGAGCGCUCGUGUUUUACCAGAGACGGCCGAUUCGGUUCGUGCAUGACGAUCCGUUCGUGCUACCCGAACAUCAAGUUGCCCCAGUUGAGACAUUUGGGUCCGUGGACGACGGCCAUUCGUGGUACGUGCAACUACUUUGCAGAAGAUGAAAAAAUGGUUUACGGCGUCUGCUGCUCAAAACAGGCGGACGGAGAUGAUUACGACGAGCUUGGCGACGGAUUUCACCAACCGUUUUCGACUGUGUCGGCCAAUAUCCACGACGGCCCGGCCCACAGCUCCAACACUCCCUGGCUGCUAAACGCACCACUCGGGCAGGCAAACACACACAAAACCAACGAAUGGAUCAAGGGAUUCAUCGAUUCAAAACAAUCGAUCCCGUGCGGCGCCGGACCGGCCAAACUGCUGAGUUUCGAAGACCAGCGCAUCGUCGGAGGAACGGACGCCGUCAAACAUUCCUGGCCAGGCAUAGCUGGGUUGAGAUACUCGGGCUUUCUUUUCUGUGCCGGAUCUCUGGUCGCCCCCACCAAAAUCCUGACGGCCGCUCACUGUGUCGACUGGAUAACAGACUCGGCUAUCGACAAACUGUCUGUCGACCUGGGGAUGCACGACAAGGACCAAGGCGACGCGCUGCUAACCAAAAUGGUCAGUCGACUCGUCAUCCACAAAGGUUGGAUGCCCACGACUAUGUACAACGACAUUGCCAUCCUCACCCUGGACUCGCCUGUCACUUACACGUCCGCCAUUUCGCCGUUCUGUUUGCCUCCGCCCGGUCUGGCUGAUCGGUACGUCGGCAGCGAGGCUGCCAUCAUCGGAUGGGGAGACGUCCAGGAAGGUGGGCCUGGAAAGCCAGUCCUGCAGCAAGCGACCGUCCAAAUAGCGGCCAACAUGAAAUGCCGAAAAAUAUACCCGUUACUAGCCUACAGCAUGUUAUGCGCUGGCGCACCAGGAAGAGACACUUGCCAGGGUGACAGCGGAGGUCCGCUGCUGGUGCGAUCAUCAUUCGGUUCACCUUGGACUGUGGCUGGCAUAGUGAGUUACGGCAUCGGAUGCGCAAAACCAGGAAUACCCGGUGUCUACACCAGGGUAACGUCUUUCAGGCCAUGGAUCAGGUUUCAUUUACUGUUUUGAUUGCCAACACAUUUGACUACGGCCGAUUGUUGAACAAUAAUUCGAAAUGAACGUCAUAUUUACAGAGUUAUGAUAUAAUACACCGCGCAUCGAUUGAAAAUAAUUAUAAAUAAAUCGACCAAAUCGCUGGCCAUUCGCUAACGGUAUAGGCAUAC